CGGCCCGGUCUCCCAGUCCGCGAACGCAGCCGGCCCGGCCCGGGUCGAGCUCCAAAGGACGCGCGCGCGGAGCGGCGUCGCCCUUCCCGGAGGGGCCCUCGUCGGACUGGAAAGGUGCGUGAGUGAGUGAUCUUCAGCUGCGAUGACCGGCCUCCCAGCCACACCUUCUCCAGGAGAAGGACAGAUGACCACUCCAAUUAUGGAAGCCCCUGGGGCCCUGUCCCCCGAAGCUGAAGAAGCCAGCACAGCACUCAUUGCAGUUGUUAUCACCGUGGUCUUCCUCACCCUGCUAUCCGUGGUGAUCUUAAUCUUCUUCUACCUGUACAAGAACAAGGGCAGCUACGUGACCUACGAGCCUGCGGAAGGCGGCGAGCCCAGCGCCGUGCUCCAGAUGGAGAGUGACUCGGCCAAGGACAGAGAGAAGGAAGAGUAUUUCAUCUAAGGAGUCCUGGGCCCCAGGGGUCAGCCCUGUCUCCUGUUGAUUCGGUGAAGGUUUUCUGUGAAGCUGGUGAGAGGCGGAUUGAUGUGGGCAGAUUCAAACUCCUUCCGGGACACAGGCGCAAGUGCCGGCGUGGCUGAUUCCAGGGACGUGGAGAGAGCUGCCUGGGAUGUCUUCAUUACAGAGUCUGUGUGUGUGCCUGGCUAACACAGGGAGCCCUGGCGCAAACGCCCAGCCGAGUUCACUUUUCUCACAGGUUGAUGAGAGUGAGAAAGAGUUGGGGUCACUCACUGCUCCAUUCUGUGUCCUGCCUGGUCGUAUAGUAACAGCCCCAGAGGAAACACUGGCCACGGAGCUUCCCGUAGGCGGGAUCCCACCAUGAAAAGCCUGGCCAGGGGCGGAGGAGACAAUGGAGACCUUAGUUCUGACAAAUGUACAUCCCUUCCUCUCCUCAUUCCCCAACAACCUCGAGCGUAAGGCCAUUUUUAUCUGUAUUAAAAUGUUCAAUAACUCAAAGACUCUCAGUUCCAGAAGUCAGUGGUUUUGCAUUUUCACUUAUCCUUGCUUACUUAGAUU